AUGGCAGAGCAACUGUUCCCUGGUCUGGAGCGACCUCUUCCGCAGCUACCGUCCCUGCACUACACGCUCUUCGCCUAUCGCGAGGAGCUGCGACGUCGCGACGCGCCCUUCAUGAAGAUGUCCACGAUCAAGCUUCAUCUAACCGAUAAUCUGAUAUUGCAAACGAUUAAAAAUAUACGACUAUUGGAUACCAUUGAGAUCAUGAACCUCAAUCGCGAGAUUGUCUUCAAGCGCAAGCUGACCAAGCAGAUGCGGAAGGUGCGCAAGCUGGAGAAGAUGGGACUCAAUGUGGAUCCGCGUCAGCUAAAUGAUUUGCAGUGGGACUAAGCCCGUAAAGAACAGCAGCAGAUAACUGUGUACAACAACAACAAAAAAUAACAAAAAAAAAAAACAUACUCCAAGCAUGUCAACAACUUAGUUAAUAAGAUCGCAAGUUUCUAAAACUCAGUUGUAAGCUGAACUUAUAUCAAAUAUGUAAUUAAAUGGAAAACUAAUAUUUUAAUACAUAAAAAA